CCAUGAAUUUGCUUAACUAUUUUUGACAACAAUUUUCAAUAAUCUAACUUAGUGUACUUAAAUCACAAAUUCACUAAGGCUCAGACUUCUAUAAACUUAAACUGGAUAUUAACAAUAAACUUCUACAAACAAAACUAUUUUUGCAGUUCGUUAACAAAAGUAAUUUUUACCAUGUUACUUCUUCUGAAAUACAGAACCUUCAGUGAGUGAGUCUGACUUGCACUUGGCUGGUUUUUUGUUUAACUAUAAUUUAAUACUACACAGUUUUCAAGGUAUAAAGUGAGUUACUACCAUGAAAUAACUAGAUAGAAAGGACCUGGACUUCAUAUCAAGAAACAGGUUUUUUUAGAGGAAAGGAUCUGUUUUAUUGCGAGCGAGCGAUUUCCGAGGGUAGUUAUAAUUAUUAUGCUCGCAGAGUUCUGCGAGAGAUUUUCCUUCUCGGGCAUGAGAGCGUUCCUUACACUAUACCUGCGCAGUAAGUUGGGUUACUCAGAUGAGGGAGCGACGGAGAUCUACCAUGUUUUCAGCUGUUUUGUUUAUUUCUUCCCCAUUCUGGGUGGAAUUCUGGCUGACAACUAUCUGGGGAAGUUUAGGACCAUUUUGUACUUGAUGUUAGUAUACGCAGCUGGAAACAUGCUUGUUGCUGUUACCGCGAUACCUCAACUAGAACUACCGAAAAGAGUAUGCACGAUCGUCGGUCUGUUUAUGAUCACAGUAGGCACAGGGGGCAUCAAGCCAUGUGUCACCGCGUUCGGCGGAGACCAGUUUAUACUGCCCCAGCAAGAGAAACAGCUCGCGAUGUACUUCAGUAUACUCUACUUCAACCUCUGCAUCGGCAGUUUGAUUGCGAAGACCGUGUGUCCUAUAUUGCGGUCUGAAGUCCAUUGCUUUGGGGAUAAAGACUGUUAUUCCUUGGCUUUCGGCGCUCCAGGAUUAGUUGUACUAAUGUCUAUAGUGAUAUUCGUUAGUGCCAAAAGCAGAUAUGUUAUGAAGAGACCAGAAGGAAACAUGGUGAUUGACUUCGUGAAAUGCGUCUCUUUGGGAAUAAAAAAUACAAUAAUGAAAGGAAAAAGCGACAAGCAAUCUCACUGGCUAGACAGUACACAACACAAGUUUGACAAGCGGUUUAUACGAGACGUGAAGAAAACGCUGUCGAUAGUCAUGUUGUUCACCGUACUACCUGUGUUCUGGGCAUUGUUGGACCAGUUGGGCUCAAGAUGGACGCUUCAAGCCACGAAGAUGGACGGUCGCCUGGGCUUCAUCACAAUCAAACCGGACCAACUACAAGUAUUCGGACCUAUUUGCAUACUUAUCCUCAUCCCGUUGUUCCAAAAGUAUCUAUACCCGCUGCUGGGAAGGCGCAAUAUUCUCACAAAUCCUCUGCACAAAUUGACUCUCGGGGGCGUUUUGGCGGGCGUAGCGUUUAUUGCUUCGGCGCUCGUCGAAAUUUAUAUUAAGACAACAUACCCAGAACUUCCUCAAACGGGAUUUUCUCAGCUUCGCGUAUACAAUGGCAACCCUUGCUCUAUGACCAUACGUGACAACAUGAUAUACACCAUCCCUUCUCUUUCACACUACUCAAAUAAGCACAUAAGAGUGAAGGGGUCGGAGAAUGUGUUAAUGAGUUUGGGAGGCAGAUGUAUCGAGGCGCGGGACGAAGUUUUUCUCUUGGAAGACAAUAAAGCGAUAUCUUUCUUUGUAAAUGGUAAUGACACAAAGAGAUUUGGAGAAAAUGUAGAUAAAAGUAAAUCGGGGUUGCCAGUUGUAAGAUUUCUCGUCACAAAUCGAGUGACCUCAAAUCUGACAUUCUAUAAUGAGAAGAGAAAAGAAGUAGAGACGAACAUUUAUCCCGGAAUUAGCGCACAGAUGGAAGUUUUUAUGUCUACAUAUUCUAUUAGAGUGGGGGAUAGGAUAAUUAUGGGGGAUAUACAGUUGGACCAGGGAGGGGUGUAUACUGUUGUGAUUGAUAAAAAUGGUGAGGCAUAUCAAGCGAGGCUGAUAGUGAUAACAGAGCCCAACUCAAUAACCAUGGCCUUGCUGCUGCCACAGUUCCUGAUCAUAUCUAUCGCUGAGGUAUUGUUUGCUGUAACAGGCAAUGAGUUCGCGUUCAAGGAGGCACCGAGCAGCAUGAAAGCCGUCAUGACAGCCGUGUGGCUGCUCACCGAGGCGGCGGGCAAUGUCCUCAUCAUUAUUGUCACGCGUGUCUUCGUCCAUUAUCAACAGGAAACUCAAUCCUUCAUCUACACGGGUCUGAUGUUUUCCUCAAUAGCACUGUUCCACUACAUGUCCAGAGGAUACCAGUUCCACACAGAUGAUGACGUCACCAAGAAGGAGUGUCGUAGUAACAGCGAAGUGCUCUACCACCAAGUGAAGCAGGCUGAAGACUGUUUAGAACAUUAGAGCUAAAAACAUAGUGAUAUUUACCUAACAGUGUAUGAUAGGAAAAAAAUUGUAAAAUAAUUGUAUUCAUAAAAAAAAUUAAGUAAUUAUUUAUUUUUUCCCUAUUUAUG